UGUGUCUGUCCGCCAGUGCGGAAAGGGACAUGGAGAAGCCUCCGACAGCGCCACAGAGCUACCUCCGCAGGGCGUUAGGUCUUUUCCCCCGGGUCUUUGCUGCCGACACUGUGGCCGCCGACUCAGAGGCCCCUGCGGAGGGGCAGAAGCUGUCUCCCUACUUCUCAGAACCCCAUUACCCGGAAUCUGGAUGGGACCGCCUCCGGGAGCUGUUUGUUAAAGAUGAACAGCAGAGAACCUCUGAAGAACUUCAGAAUAUUUAUAGGGCGGCAAUUUCAGCAGGCAUCAUUGGCUUUGCGUAUGGGGGAAUACCAGCUUUUGUUCAUGCUAAACAACGCUACAUUGAGCAGAGCCAAGCAGAAAUUUAUCAUAACCGGUUUGAUGCUGUGCAAUCUGCCCAUCGUGCUGCCACACGAGGCUUCAUUCGGUAUGGCUGGCGCUGGAGUUGGAGAACUACAGUGUUUGUGACUAUAUUCAACACAGUGAACACUGGUCUAAACGUGUACCGAAAUAAAAAUGCCAUGAGCCAUUUUGUCAUUGCAGGAGCUGUCACAGGAAGUCUUUUCAGAAUAAACUUAGGCCUGCGUGGCCUGGUGGCUGGUGGUAUAAUUGGAGCCCUGCUGGGCACCCCUGUAGGAAGCCUGUUGAUGAUACUUCAGAAGUACUGUGGAGAGAGUGUUCAGGAGAGAAAACAGAAGGAUCGACAGGCACUGCACGCGAUGAAACUGGAUGAGUGGAAAGCUAGACUACAAAUGACUGAGUUACUCCCUGAAGAGAUUGAAAGUAGCUUACAGAAAAAUCGAUCUGAGGAUGAUGCUAAGAAAAUUGAAGCACUGUUAAACCUUCCUAGAAACCCUUCAUCAACAGAUAAGCAAGACAAGGACUGAAAGACGUUCUGGACUUGAAAGCCAUUGGAGAGUUGAAGGGAACUGUGUUCUCAUGUCCAUUGAAUGCCAGUGGUCAGGCCAUGACGCUGUCUAGUAAGCCCUGGAACCUGUAGUGGCAGGGACUUUUUUUUUUAAGCCAAGAAUUGGGCUAUUGUACCCUCACUUUACUUAGCCUUAAAUUUAAAUAAUAUUUAUAUCUAACUGAUAAGGAUAUAAAUCUGUAUUUAAAUUUAAGACUAAGUAAAGUGAGGGUAAUAUAUGUAUUAAUAUGUGUAUUAAUGUAUUCUUUUCACUAGAUUUUACAAAAGUAAAUAAAACAUUUCCCAAAAUAUCAAAGUUGAAUUCUGCAUGAAUAUAUUUAUUCGUGUAGCCCUUUAAAUGGUGUUCUGGGAGCCCCUAGGAGAAGGAGAGGAAAGAACAGGGAAGGCAGAUGACCUGUGAAGCCCUUUUGCCCUGGAGACCUGGAAGCAGCAUGGACCUAAACACAUAAUAGUGUUUGGUUUUGUUUUAAUAGAAAUCGAAGAUGAUUCCUGUGCCAUUUGAAAUAAAAUAAAAAUGUAACAGAAAGGAAGUAGAUAGGCAUUAUUCAGGACACAGCAUGACUUUGUUUCCUCUUGGUUUAGUUUAUCAUUAUUAUUGCUGACCAGCUGUCUACCUGUAGUACGCAGGAGUUACUUAGAGGACGGACACAGUCCCUGCACUCCAGGAGCUUGCUGCCUAAGGAGGAAGCUGUCCUGCAGGUUGUAACUUUUACUAAAUGAGAAGCAAAAAAAUUACUGAAUUAAAAUAAGUGUAUUAGUAGGAAGAAACUGCUAGUAUUUUGUUUUGGUGUUAGACCCUGUGACGGUUAAGGUUGUGUCAGCUGGCCUGGGUCGUGAUCCUCCUGGUUUGGCAGUUGUGAUGUAGUUUGGCAGCUUUCUAAUGAUGGAAUCAUCUCCAUAAUGAGAUCUGUUGUGAGUGGCCAUCAGUUGAAAGGGAGUUUCCCUGGGGCUGUGGCCUGCAUCCAGUAUAGGUGGACUUUUUGGCAAGGCUCACUGGCUUUUGCUUGCUCUCGAUCCUGCAGCUGGCUGUUCUUUAUCUGACUUCCAGAUCUUGGCACUUGAGCUAGCAGCUUGCCUGCCAUCUUACCUGCUAAUCUUGGGAUUCAUCAGCUUACACAUCCUGUGAGCCAGAGACCUCCUGUCUGACCUUCCGAUC